AUGGGUAUUCCACAUUUGACGCACUCGCUAUCGCCUUAUGGCGAUAAGGUGGUACUGCUACAAAAUCCUGCAAAACACGAGAAUGCCAUCAUUGAUGGCCCGAGUCUGGCAUACCAUGUCUUUUAUGUGUGUAUAGCGCGCAGGACGAGCGCGCGAAAUGCCCUAGAAGCUGCUCCCACAUACCAAGAGUUAGGCCAGGCUGCUGUAGACUGGCUCGAGCAGAUUGAGCAAUACGGACUGAAAAUUAAAGCUGUGUUUUUCGAUGGUCUUUUGCCAUUCUCAAAACGAAACACUAGAUUGUCCAGAUUGCAAAGUUAUGCGAACCAGCUUGUUACCUUCAGAGCGCUGAACAAGGAAGACUUGCCAUCACGCAUGGACAAUGCAAAGUCGUCAAAGUCUGAUGUCUUGGGCUCAGUUGUAUCGUCAAAUCGACUCAAGGCCCUUCCUGCCCCGCCUUUCCUGGUUCCUGCCAUCAUUGAAAUGCUGUUCGAGAGUCGGUACAGCUCCCUGGUCUCAGUCAUCCCUGGCGAGGCAGACGCAUAUUGCGCAGAGGCUGCAAGACAAUAUGGUGGUGUCAUCUUCACCAGCGACUCCGACCUUCUUGUGCACGAUCUCGGGGAAUCUGGCAAGGUCAUAUUGUACCGCGACCUCGAGACAAUUCAUCUGCCCAGUCGAGGCAAAUGUCUGAAAAUUCAAGAGUACCAUCCAGCCGCCAUUGCGAAGCGGUUCGAACUUCCAAAUCUGGUCAAACUCGCAUUCUUCAUGUCUCAGGAUCACCACAAGAGUCUUGCUGAAAACAUCAGACUCGCAGCAAAAGACACUCCGAUGUCUGCUGGGUUCAGUGAGUUUGCGGACGAAUAUGGCUCUCUGCCCAAGUUGUCCAAGCUAGCUAUGGCGAGGAGCUCGAAUGAGGCGAGGACACUAAAAGCGCUUGCUGAACUGGAUCCAAGGAUAUCAGAGAUCGUCCACUUGGUCCGCGUCAAGGAGAGCGACGAGGCACCUUCGGAUCUGCACGACUCGAACAAUCUUGACAUGUAUCUCCCAUUCAUCAUAGAUGAUCCUACGAGAACGUCUGCUUGGCGAUCUGGUGUAUCCAUUCGUACUCAGGCGUAUUCGUUGUUGCGUCUAUUGAAUCCGGGUAUCACGAAAAUCACUGAACAGGAGCGCAAGGGCACCCGUGUAGCAGGAACACUCGUUGAUAUUGACUCGACGAAUGAUCACACCAAGCUGCUGGAAGAAUGUUUGAGCUCUCUGCAGCAUGACCUCGAACAACACCCGUCACUAAGCAGAGCUGCGAAAUGGCGCGCCGUGGCAGCCAAGCUUGUCUGUCAGUCGAAUCUUGACAACGACAAACCUCCGCCACUCAGUAACGAUCUGAACAGACUUGUUGCAGGCUCGCGACAAGGAGUGCUUUCUUGGUCAUUCAUCCACGUGAGUGGUCAGAUCCAAGCAUCUCUAUACUCCUUGAGAAUGUUAUUGCAGAUCUCAACUGUGAUACACAGCUUACUCGAAGGCACUGGUCAAGACGCAUACGCUUCACUGCAAAGUCUCAUUACCUUACUGCAAGACCUACCAAGUCUACGAGAACUGUUUGAUCAGGAGACAGACACGACUGAAGGUGAGAUCGAAGCUGCCAAAACGGCUGUUUCGAGUAUAUUGCAAAGUCUAGGUAUCACACAAGAUACGGCAGAAUCUUCAACAAAGAGGAAAAAGAAGCGAAAGAAGAAGGGCGAGCACACAGGUGAUCGUACACCGCCUGGUGUGGCAUGGAGGUCCAACAACAUGUUCAGCAAUCUUGCACAUAGAGACUAG